AUGGCGCGGGUGACUUGCGCACCGUUAAAAUCAAUGAGUGCAGCCGGCGGCGAGAGCGCCGACGACGGCGCGACUACGCCGAGCAGCCGCCGUCGCGUCGUCGGUGCUGCUGCUACCUGGUCCGGUCUGUUCCGCGACACCCUCCUCGGCACCCUCGUUCGCCGCAGCACCGAGCCGCUUCUCCGUUGGCGCGACGCGAGUCAUGUAAGCGCGCGUGACGACGAGAUGCCACCCGGCCGCGAGGACAUGGAGUUCUGCACCGACAGGGUCCUCUCCAAGGGCAGGAUCCUCCAGGAGCUGACGAAAGCUGUCAAACUGGUUUAUGCCCAAAGUCUCUAUGGUACCGUGGUCUUGGAUGGUGAUUCCUGGUUGGUUUAUUGGCUGGAUCGAGCACUGCGUCAUGGGCUACGUGUCGAGAGACACGGAUACUGGGGCACUGCCAGAGAACUUAGUCAUCAGGACACUGUUGUGGUCAUUCACGCAUUGCAGAGCGUAUUGACUUCUAUCGGGAAAGGUCGAGCGUGGCUCUAUCACACUCUAAGCGAAGGCAGUUUCGAGAGCUAUCUGGCUUGUUUGGUGCGAGACACCAAGACAUUGAAGAAGCAGUACUUUCCACACGCACUUGUGAGAGAUGUCGAUAAGACCAACCAACUGGUCAAUCUUCUUGCCGGUCUGGAAAAUGUGUCCUUCACAUUGCAAUUGGAUGUGACAUAUCUGGAUAUCUGCGACUAUAUGCCGCAAAGGCCUAUGAGCGUGAAUCCAUCAGGCACAGCGUUAUCGUUGCACCUAAGGUCUUCUAGUGUUUCGUCGAGCCUAGCUUCUCCGGGGGACAGUGGCAUUGCCUUCGACAGCGACAUGGAUCUUGCAAACGAGACCGAUGGUAGCAGUUAUAAGGAGGAGGACUUUACGAUGGAUGAGAUCCCGAAGUAUCGGAACAAUAGGUAUAAGACAAUUAUUAACAACCGUAUGGAAGACAAUAAAAAUUUUGGAUCCAGCGAUUCGAGCGAGGACGGCAAGACGCCGACGCAGUCACCGGCGAUUACUAAAUUCCAAACGGUCAUGAUGACGAAGAACGACAUCGUUAAUCAGAACGUGACGCGAAAACUGGAUGACAACGAAAUGAAUUGUUCCAGUUUAGAGACCCUCAAGGAUUAUGACUUUUACAGCAAGAGUCUCGACGAGAGCAAAUUGGAGAAAAUGAACAAGAUUGAUAACGGCGUGAAAGAUUUCGAGAAGAGGAGCACCUAUUACGGCAGCGACGCUCCAGCUUACAGCUUUAAAAAGAACAUCGACCCUCGUAAUUCUUAUGUAAUCAAUAACGACACGAACUUGCUGGAACUGAGCAUGACUAUUUCCGACUGCGAUAACAUGGAUGCGCCUUACGGCAUCCUGAACACUAUGAACACCAUGACUGAUGCCAGCAUCCUGUCUUCCUCCAGCUCGGAGGGUAUAGUACAACGUAGGCAGCGGAAGAAGAAGCGAGGUGAGAGCAAAAAGAGGGUCAGUUUCCACGAGGACAUACUGAAAACGAUGAAGUUGGAGGACGACGAGAGCUACGCUGAUUUCUCCAUGAGCUUCUUACUGCCCAGUUCGGUUUUGAAAAGGGACGCUCAGAAAGGCAGGUACAGCUGGUGCGCGCACGGCGACUCGCCGUACGUGCAGAAAAGUACAGACAACAGCAGGAAUGUGCACUCGGACUAUUAUUCGUCCUCGUCGUCAUCGAGCACGUUUGAUGGGGCCGACAAGCAGAUGUCGAAAUUGUGCAUUGAUGUGCCGUGUCAGCGCAACUGCCGCUGCAGUUGCGGCUUAUCAUUGUCGGAACGUGGCGCGCCGGAGGGUCAGGAAGAUCCUGGCAAGAGCCUGAGGCCUAAGAUGGAAAUAGAAUUGGAGGAGAACGAGGCGCAGGAGGCUUACAUCGUCGAGAAGGCGUGCGGCAACAUCGUUGAAGAUCCACCGUCCAAGCUGGAGAUGGUGAAUCCGAGAAAACAGGCCACUCCGAGCGACUGGUCGGACGCGGACAGCGUGGCAACGUCCGACGUGGAGGAACGCAAGAAUAGCCAGAGGCACUUGGCCUCGCCGUUGAAGAAGCGCAACGUCACGGCGAUAUUGACGGGCGAGAGCAGUAGCAAGCUCCUAGCGCCUCCUCUGCGUCAGGCGCCGUCGAAAACGUCGUUGCUGAGCAGAUUUCUAAAGUCCAUCACCGAGAGGAAGUUCGAGAUAAAGAAGAACAAGAAGCCGCCGAAGGUAAACACGUUGUACAUCAAGGGUGUCAAGACGAGCUAUGAUUCCUUCAAGGACUUCAACGACAAUCUCGACAAGGAGAUUCAAGAGAACGUCGCCGCCGAGAAGCAGGAAUUUAGUGGCGAGAAGAUAAGCUUGAAGUUGCGCGAGCUUUUCAAAAGGCAUAUCUACCGCGAUAAAACGGAGGAACUGUAUAAAGUAUACAAAGUGCGGAGUUCGUACAUGACCAACGGCGAGAGCAAGCCCAUGAUCGCGCUACUGACGGACAAGACGCUAUAUUUAACCGGCUCAAAGCUGGAUCACUCUUACAGUAACCAAUUCGUCAUUCCUUACAAUGAAUUAGAUGUCAUUAUGAUUGGGCCGAAUGCACAAACGAUUUUAAUCUCCAACGCCGACUGUGAAAUGCAGUAUCUAUUUUCUACCGGCAGCUCGCAAACUACCUCAGAAUUAGUCGGUCACUUAGAGAUGGCUAUGAGACGAUCGCCAUCGAAACCGAGGCUUCCCGCUGUUAAGGAAUUGAAUUACGAGGAUAUGCACAUUCUCAGGAAUUCAAUCCUUUCUGACACAGCUGUACAUCCCGAUGAGAAAAUCGAACACUACAGCCUUAUCUAUAUGGAAGACGAGCACAUGUCACCACCCAGUACGCCAUGUGGCCCGACGAAGGAGGGUGACCUGAUGUUCCGGCCGCAUACCUACCAACACUUGCACCCGAAUGCGCCCACGAAUCCGUGGGAGGCCGGUUACUUUGUCCUGAAAGGCGGAGUGGUCUAUAUGUUCACGGAUUCGAAUCAACGACUUCCUAAGCGCGCUAUACCAUUGAAAGGAGGUUUGUGCCAAGGAUGCAGAAGAAUUCCCAAUUCCCAUCGGCCGCACACCUUCGAGAUAUUGUUGAAGCCCAACAAGUCGUACCAAUUUGCUGCCCCAGAUGAAUACGUCGCUUCUGAGUGGUUGCAGAGUUUUGUUCAAAGUGCAUCAGGUCUGUUCGAUUGUACGGAAAAGAAGGAACCGCUGCCUUGCAGCCUCAUCACGACUACGAAGCACUUAGUGGCGAUGAAAGAGGUCCAUCCCGGCAUGCAGAGAGGCCAAACGCUCUCAUGCGCGUCUAUCAAGGACCUAGCGGCGUUCAGGGUGCCAUUGGUGCAACAAUCCUGGUGUAUACUGGAAUUCGCGUGUCGAGAGGUGCACGAGAGCAGCGGCGAUUGGGUCAUAUACUUUACGAAUUAUACCGAGCUCUGUGCUUUCAAAGAGGUUCUGGAGACGUUGUGGGCGGACAUAAACCUGAGCGAGUUUCCUAUAGCAACCCUACCACCGGAGGACAAGUUGCAGCGACGCUGUUCGGAUGCCAGCAGGGACUUGGAACACGCUUGGCGGUACUUGUUGCCACCGGCUUUAGAAUAGAUGGAAGAUAUAUUAAUAGACAAUAUACAACAAGUUAUUUGGAAAAUUAUUUUAUCACAUUGCCAUAUUGGAAAGAAGUAGAGAACUCUCGUGACCACACGCACGCGAAUAUCCAGGUACUCGGAUUUGAAAGAAUGGAACGCUAAUGUGUCUUAUGUCAAAGAUGUAACCGCUUACGCAACAUAAUCCAAAUUUUUUUUGCUUUUGUUCGAAAUUGAAUGUCAUGUAUCUGUCAUUUGGGAUUAGAACAGUCAAUGUUAUUUUGUGGCUUAUAGAUAGAUACGGAGAGAGAGAGAGAGAGAUUCUUAUCUAAAAAAUAUAUAUAUAUACAUACAUACAAAUACACACACACACACACACACACACAUAUAUAAAAUACCCCUGACAUAUACGGCAUAAUAAUUUUCUAAUUUCGAGGUACAAAAAUAUGCCCUACAUUUUUGCCAAGUUACGCUGUUGAUGAGGGGCUAAUCAUUAAACAUCUUACAUAAGACAUAAAUCGCCUCAAACGUAUAAAUGAUUAUUUAAAGGAAAGUUGCAAGAUGGUGCAUUAUCUUUCCUGUAACAUAUAUAUAAGUCACCGUAAUAAGCUGCUAUUCAUUUAUAAUGAUGCAGAGAAUGUAAUAUAACAAUAACUGUGAGACAUUAUUAUUAUUAUUAUAUAAAUGUCUAUAUAUAUAUACAUAUAUAUAUAUACCCCAUAUAUAUUGAGAAAAUGAACCAGUAUGCAUUUGAAUACGCGCACUAUUCAUAUUAAAAUAGUCAUUUAUCGUCGGAGAUAAUAAUAAUAUAAAAUUCAGGAAACACUUACAGCAGCUUCAAAGGCUAAUAGAAAAGGACUCGUAAAUAAUUUCUGAAGUUAAUGCAUAAUUUAACAUUCCUACUCGAUUAUUGUAAAUCAACUUUACUUUUAGUACGAUGACUUUCUAUCAUAUCACUUUACAUGCAUGUCUUAAAGCUAAAAAAAUGUUACCUCUAUGCAUAAUAAUUUUUUUUUAAUGUACAGAUGUGAAAUACGAAGUGAAAGUUAUAUAACAAUUGUAUAAUAUAUUUUAUGUAUUUUAUGUAUUAAUUCAGUUUAAUAUGUGUAUAAGUUUAGAUUAGUUCAGAUAGCUUGAAUCACACAACUAUUGUUGCAUUAUUGUAUCAUAUUAAAAUCUUUUAAUAUUCGACGCGCGCGCUUUAUGAAAUAGUACGGUCUGAGAAAGAUUAUACCAAAAUUAUCAUAAUUUAUGCUUGAUGAAACUUUCAAAGCAUGAUUAUGAAUUUUAAAUAUGCUUAUUAUAUAACAUAAAAAAAAUUAUAUAAAAAUGAAUUUCAUUUGUGAUAUUACAUUAAUAUCUUUAUAAGGAAUAUAUUUGUUACACUUUUAUGUUACCAAAACAUGAACAGAUGCUUUAUCCACAUAUUCAUGUGAGCAAAUAUGUAUUAUAUUUUAUGUAGCAGUAAGUAAUUGUGAGAUGCUGUUAGGUAAUAAACGUCACUGUUGUUAAGUUCAUCGGAUCCCCUAUGUGAAAUUUAUAUAAAUUAAAUAAAAGCAAAUACCUCACGGCAUUAAAAUCGAUUUUGUAUAUUAGUUUCUGCUGUGUGAAAAGUACACGGAGUUAAAUUUUUUACAAGUUACAGCCAGCUGUUCUAAAUAUUACAUCCGUAUAUUUUUCACACAAAGAUUCUGUAUUAUCAUACACAAUCUGCAAAUUACCGAUAAAUAGAAAAGUAAUAAAGAUAUACGAAGAG